AUGGCUACCCCCAGUGUCCUUACCUUUGAUACUGAGGGUCGUGCUGUUGACUUUGAGGUCUGGGUCGAUGACCUCCAGCUGUUCUUACAGUGCGAUAGGGCGGACGGACUCUCACUGUUCGAUCUCACCUCUGGUGUCUCUCCUGCCCCGCCUGCUACUACUGACAGCACUGUUCGCUCACAGUGGGCCACGCGCGAUGCUGCUGCACGUCUUGCUGUGCGUCGCCACUUAUCGACCACUGAGCGUGCGCACUUAAGCCAGUACAAGAGUGCUAAGACCUUGUACGACGCUGUAGUUGCACGCUACUCUUCCUCUGCCACUGCUGCGCUUAGCCGCCUCAUGCUGCCGUACCUGUUCCCUGACCUUGCUGCCUUUCCCACAGUCGCUGACCUCAUUACGCACCUUCGCACUAGUGACACUCGCUACCGCGCUGCGCUACCCGCUGAGGACCACUUCCUCUCAUUUUGCCCCACCACACUCACCGUUGACCUUCUCGAGGAGCGCCUUGUAGCAGCAGAGAAGAACAUAGUCGCUGUAGGAGCCUCUCGUGGUGACCCUCGCACCCCCGUUUUUAAGGGGUGUUCUCCCUCCCCCAUCUUGCCCUCUGUUGCUUCUACUGCUGCGGCCGACCUCGUUGGCUUCGAGUCGGUCGGCGCUGCGUCUGUCCCUAGCGGGAAGCGCCGCACCUGCAAGGGCAAGGAGGGCAAGGGCGCAGGGGGGGCCAGUGGGGGCGGUGGAGAUGGUGGUGGAGGCAGUGGAGGGGGUGGGGGUGGUGGUGGGAGUGGUGGCGGGGGUGGAGGUGUCGAUGGCAGCAGUGGAGGCGGAGGAGGCGGCGGUGGUGGCGGAGGGAGCAGAGGCGGCGGCGGUGGCGGAGGCGGCGGAGGUGGCGGAGGCGGCGGAGGUGGCAGUGGAGCUGGUCGUGGCUCCGGUGGUGGUCAGCGCCAGCAGCAGCAGCACGCUCGCGACCGCGCUGGUGAGCAGUGCGGGGGCACGCACUCCACCCAGCGCUGCUUCGGCCGCCUGACGGACGCUUGGCGUCAUCAGUUCCCUGACGCCAUUGAGAUCCCUCGCUGGGGAGAGCUGUCUAGGGCGGGGGGUGACUGUUACCUGUAUGUUCCGCCUGACCCGGGCAUUGAGGCUGCUGCUCUAGGUGCUGGUGAGACUGCUGCUCCAGGUGCUAGUGCGUCUGCUGCCCCAGGUGCUGGUGAGUCUGCUCUCUCAGGUACCACGUCGGCUCAGGCCUUACACACCUUCACCCUUGACUCGGGUGCUUCCCGCUCCUUCUUUCGAGACCGCACCACGCUUACGCCGCUCAGUCGGCCGGUUGCGGUCUCCCUAGCGGACCCCUCUGGGGGUCCUGUCCUUGCUAGCUUCUCCACUGUCUUACCGUGUCCGGCAGCCCCCUCUGGCCCCCUGUUAGGUCUCUACCUCCCCUCGUUCUCUACGAACUUGGUGAGUGGAGCUGAUCUACAGGAUCGGGGGGUUGACCAGUUCACACCUGCGAGUCAGCGGGUGACCCACUGUACGUGUGCUCGGACGGGCCGACACUUGGCCACGUUUACCCGUCAGCCGGGGUCCAGCCUGGACACACUGACCACUGAGUCUCCUCCUGUUACUGAGUAUGGUCAGGUAGCUACGUCGAGUCAGGUGUUUGCUGUAGCGUCCAGGUCUGGUCCUGAGUCUGCCCCCUGCUCGUGUCGUCUCCUGUCCCACCAGACUCUCCUUUGGUACCACCGCCUUGGUCACCCCUCCCUGCCUCGUCUCCGAGGCAUGGCCUCCCGUGUCCUUGUCUCUGGUCUCCCCCGGUCCCUCCCUCCCCUACCUUCGGGGCCGGUCCCUACCUGCGUUCCCUGCGUCGAGGGGCGGCAGCGCGCCGCUCCUCACUCCUCCGAGUUUCCUCCGACACAGGCUCCCCUGCAGACUCUUCACAUGGACGUGUGGGGCCCCGCCCGCGUCCGUGGCCAGGGUCACGAGCGUUGCUUCCUGUUAGUGGUUGACGACUACUCUCGUUACACCACGGUGUUCCCCUUGCGCAGCAAGGGUGACGUCACUGAGGUGUUGAUCGACUGGAUCCGCGCAGCUCGUCUCCAGCUCAGAGAGAGGUUCGGCUCGGACUUUCCCGUUCUGCGUCUGCACUCUGACAGAGGCGGAGAGUUUUCCUCUGCCCGUCAUGGAGCCUUCUGUCGUGCACAGGGCAUCCGCCAGACCUUCACGCUUCCGGCCUCUCCACAGCAAAAUGGGAUUGCUGAGCGCCGCAUUAGCAUGGUCAUGGACGUCGCUCGUACGUCCAUGAUCCAUGCGGCUGCUCCCCAUUUUCUGUGGCCGUUUGCGGUUCAGUACGCGGCACAUCAGCUCAACCUUCAGCCCCGGCUGUCCCCUCGUGCUGUUCCCUGCGUCUUCCUUGGCUUCCUCCCUGACGCGCCUGGUUGGCGGUUCUACCACCCCACCUCGCGCCGUGUUUUGUCCUCCCAAGACGUCACCUUUGACGAGUCGGUGCCUUACUACCGUUUCUUCCCCUACCGCACUGCGCCCCUCCCCCCGCCGCCGCUCUUCCUUGCGCCAGGUCCUCCCCCGGUAGACCCCCUCCCCCCUCAAGGUCCUGCCCCGUCAGGUGUGUCCCAGGUAGACGCAGUUGAGCCUGUCGAGGUAGCUGUUGACUCUGGUGCUGCUAGGGGCGCUAUGCCUGCGGGUGCCGAGUCUGGGGGUGCGGAGCCUGGGGGUGCUGAGUCUCGGGAUGCUGAGCCUGGGGGUGCUGAGUCUGGGGGUGCGGAGCCUGGGGGUGCGGAGCCUGGGGGUGCUGAGCCUGGGGGUGCGGAGCCUGGGGGUGCUGAGCCUGGGGGUGCGGAGCCUGGGGGUGCUGGGUCUACUCGUGUGGCCUCUAGCGGUGCUUCGUCGAGGCGGGAGCUACUCUCUCCGCAGAAGCUACGCGAGUGGUUUGCCCAGCGCUGGAGCCGUGCUGCUGGAGCUGAAGAUACUACUGUUGCUACUGGUCCUGGAGGUGCUCGUCCUGGCGGUUCUAGAGCUGCUGGAACUGGGAGUCCUGCUCGAGGUGCUACUAGAGCUGGAGCUGCUGGAGGUGGUGGAGCUGGAGCUGGAGCUGCUGGGGGUGUUGGUGCUGGUGGUUCUGCUGGCGCUGGUGCUUCUGAGGGUGCUGAAGUUGGCGCUGUUGGAGCUGGAGGUGCUGCUGGCGCUGGUGCUGCUGCUGGGGGUACUAGUGCUGUCCCUGCUGGUUCUGGAGGCGCUGCGCAGCCAAGGCCGUACUUCGUUCUGCUCCUUGAGCAGGUUCUUGGUCUCCCGCCCUCUACAAGUCCUGCUCCUCCCUUAGCGUGUCCUCAGCCUGUCCAGUCGCGGUCACAGUUACAGCCUGCCUCCCCCCUUCCUGCUCCUUCUCCCUACACUGGUCCUACUGGAGGUCUUGCUGAGUGUCGUGAGCCUGCGUCUUGUCCUGCGUCGCCUGUUUGUGCUGCUCGCGCUAGUGGUCGUGCUCCGCGUCCGCGUCCUCCUGCGGUCCCCGGCACACACCAGAUGGCACUGCGUCCUUCCACUGCUCCUCUGCGUGUCCCGUUGCUGUCUCCUCCAGAGUCCUCUCUUCCUACUCUUGCUAACCCUGAGUCUGACUCUCUUCGUGCUGCCAAUCCUACUGUCACGCGUCUCCUGGCCACUGUUGUCACUCACCCUUCUUUUGAUUCCACUGCUGCGUCUGCCUUAGUUGCUGAGCUUGUCGACUUUGCUGUUCGAUGUCGUCUAGACUACGCUGCUAGUCUUGUUGCGGAGUGUGAGUCUGUCUGUCCUCCGUCCGUCGGGGGUGAGUGUGCUCUUAGCACCGACGUCCUUGAGGACAGGCAGGAGGAGUUCCAGUGUUUUGCUGCUGCUUUGCCUCAUCUCGUGUCCACGCUGAUUGCCCCUGAGGGAGACCCGGAUGCACCUAACAUCCCGACUCCUCGAUCGUACGCUGAGGCGAUCGAGGGCCCCUACUCCUCACAGUGGCAGUCAGCCAUGGACGCAGAGAUGGCUUCCUGGAAGUCCAUAGGCACCUACGUCGACGAGGCUCCCCCACCUGGGGCGAACAUCGUCAGUGGCAUGUGGAUUUUCAGGGUGAUGCGGCCGCCGGGUUCUCCGUCUGUCUUCAAGGCGCGUUACGUGGCUCGAGGCUUCAGUCAGCGGCAGGGAGUUGACUACUUUCAGACCUUCUCCCCUACCCCGAAGAUGACCACUCUUCGGGUGCUGCUGCACAUAGCCGCUCAGCGCGACUACGAGCUUCACUCUCUUGACUUCAGCACAGCUUUCUUGCAAAGCAGUGUGCACGAGGAGAUCUGGUUGCGCCGCCCACCUGGCUUCACUUGGUCGUUCCCUCCUGGUACCCAGUGGAGCCUCCGGCGGCCAGUCUGCGGUCUCCGCCAGGCGCCCCGUGAGUGGCACGACACACUGAGGACUACACUUGCGGCUCUUGGCUUUGCUCCUUCUACUGCCGACCCGUCGCUGUUUCUGCGCACCGACACCUCUUUGCCGCCGUUCUACAUCCUCGUGUACGUCGACGACUUGGUCUUUGCCACUGCUGACACUGCUGGACUCGCCUACGUGAAGUCGGAGCUGCAGAAGAGACACACGUGCACAGACCUGGGUGAACUGCGCAGCUACCUUGGCUUGCGGAUCACCCGGGACAGAGCACAGCGCACCAUUACCUUGACUCCGUGA